AAACUCCGAACUCCAAAGGUGCUGCGCAAAUUGUAUAUAAAAAAAACCAUAUUCGCAUUUUUCCUUGGUUGGUGCAAAAACAAGGAAGCUACUCCUGCUCAAGCCUUCGCUCGCCUACCGCCUCUCCUGCUCUCUUCCAUUCUCCAAAGGCUAGGGUUUCUGCUUCAGCUUCUACUAUGGCCGCCUCUUCUAUGCUGAGAUCUGCGCUUCUCUCUUCCUCGCCUUCUGAUAGCUUCAAGGUUUCGUGCAAUGUCUCGAGUAGCAAUCUUAAAUCUUUGAAGUUACAAUCUAACAUAUUUGGAACUUCUCUCCCAAGUGAAUCAUUAGUCAUACAAAACUGCAAUGCCCGGAGUAUGCAGCCUAUAAAAGCCACAGCAACUGAAAUUCCUCUCCCCGUACAGAAAUCAAAGAGCGAUGGGAAGACCAGACUUGGAAUUAAUGGUUUUGGUAGAAUUGGAAGGUUGGUGUUGCGUGUAGCUACUUCCAGGGAUGAUAUUGACGUUGUAGCAAUUAAUGAUCCUUUCAUUAACACUAAAUAUAUGGCGUACAUGUUUAAGUAUGAUUCCACUCAUGGACCGUUCAAGGGAUCCAUUGAGGUUUUGGAUGAUUCCACCUUGGAGAUUAAUGGAAAGAAGAUAAAAGUUGAGACCAAAAGGGACCCUGCAGAGAUUCCAUGGGGUGAAUAUGGAACUGAUUUUGUUGUUGAGUCUUCAGGAGUUUUUACAACCAUGGAGAAAGCCUCAGCACAUUUGAAGGCUGGUGCCAAGAAAGUUGUAAUCUCAGCUCCAUCCGCUGAUGCCCCAAUGUUUGUGGUUGGAGUAAAUGAGAAGACAUACAAGCCAAACAUGGAUAUUGUUUCCAAUGCGAGCUGUACUACAAAUUGUCUUGCCCCUCUUGCCAAGGUGGUUCAUGAGGAGUUUGGUAUUGUUGAAGGUUUGAUGACAACUGUACAUGCAACAACAGCAACUCAGAAGACUGUAGAUGGCCCUUCAAUGAAGGAUUGGAGAGGGGGACGAGGAGCUGGUCAAAACAUAAUUCCUAGUUCAACUGGUGCUGCUAAGGCUGUUGGGAAAGUUCUUCCAGAGCUUAAUGGAAAGCUUACGGGGAUGGCAUUCCGUGUUCCUACACCCAAUGUCUCUGUUGUGGACCUAACCUGUCGACUUCUAAAGAGUGCCUCCUAUGAAGAUGUCAAAGCAGCAAUAAAGUACGCCUCAGAGGGACCACUUAAAGGCAUUCUUGGAUACACAGAAGAGGAUGUUGUCUCUAAUGACUUCGUUGGUGAUUCAAGGUCAAGUAUUUUUGACGCUAAGGCUGGGAUUGGUCUUAGUGCAUCUUUCAUGAAGCUAGUUUCUUGGUAUGACAACGAGUGGGGAUACAGCACCCGAGUGUUGGACCUUGUAGAGCAUAUGGCAUUCGUAGGGGCUCGCAGCUGAGCCCAUGAUAAUUUUGUCCUGUCAUUGAUGCUGCAAUUUUUUUAGCUUAUAUGCUAGGCUAAUAGUUUCAAAAGAUUUUGGUUCUGAUCGGGUUUGGAUAAAGAUGUGAAGUUAAUAUCAUCACAUCGUGGACACUGGGAAAUAAAGAUGCGUGUUCAUCGCUACAGGGUGCUUGGCAUUUGAUUUUGUAGACAACACACUCAUAGUACCAGCAUCCUUAAUUUAAAUCCUUUGACAUUUAAAGGACGAUUGAUUCAUCUUGCCUGGUCAUUUAACACUCUUUCCAGACAAUUUCAGACCCAUUCUUUAUUGAUAUAUGGUGAUAAUGUAGUUAUUCUA